UUUAUCUGCCGCAGAAUGUUAUAAAUCCCCGCAGGAAGGGCGCGCAACCCUAAACCAUGUCUACUCGUAAGUAAAGCCCCACUGCGCCCAGAGGGACUGACUAGGGAGCAAAGCCUUCUUGGACGCAGCGGGCUCAACCCCCUCAGGGCUUCCCGCCAAACGAAUCUCCUCAGGCGGCGCAGCUCCCCUCCCCCGCCCGCCCCACUGCCGUUAGGGCUUAAAUAAAGGCGGGAAACAGGCUGCCGAGCGCCUAAGGCGGACCACCGCAGCCAAAGGGCGGCUAAAGCACCGCGAGAAGCGCCUCAGAAACGCGCGCCUUUCCUCCGCCUCCUCAGCUUUUCCCGCGCUUUUCCCCCCAGGACGGCGCCAUUUUGUUUUCUGCUGAACAGCGUUUUAAGAGGUUGACUCUCAGCCUCCCUGUGAGUCUCACUGCCCACAUUGAAUAAACAGGACCCCCCUUCCCAAACGAAGUGGGGUGUUUUGUUUUGUUUUGUUUUGUUUUUCGACGAAGGACAGCAGAUAAAAAUGUCGCUGUCGUGCUAAUCACUCCUCCUUCUGACUGAUCAUUUAAGGAUCAUUACCUGUGAAAACCUUAAUGAGGGGCAAAAGAUUGGUGAACGUGCAGUGUAACUUUGAACACUGGAAAGUUUGUGAUGCUUAUACAGAUACAUUAAAAUUUGUUAAUGGUAAAAAGCUGGUUAAAGACUCCAGCUAUCAUUACGAACAGGUUUACAAAAUGGCUGACGUCAUGUUAAACAACCUGAACAAACUACUGCUACAGCUUGUGUUUCAGCUGCAGCAAGCAUCUUACUCCAAGGAACAUUUGAGGCAACAGAUACAGAUAUAUUCUGCAAAUACUGCAGGGAAAAAGAUUGAGAUCUGUCAGCUACAAGAAGAAAUUAACAAGAACAAGGAGGCAAUUGCUAGCCUACGCAAACGAAACAAUAGCUGUAGAGAGAAUUGUAAUGCCUGGAAACCAACAUACAUGAUUCUUAGUCAGCAUGAAGAAUAUUUGCAGAAGGAACUUCAGAAUUACCAGGAAUCAACAGAAAAAGACAAGAAAAUGUACCAGGAUUACACAACUCAGUAUCAAGAGACUUUUAAACAGCACCAAGAAAAAUAUUUAGCAACUGCCAUUGCUCAGGAAUAUCACCAGGAAAAAAAUGAAUUUGAAGAAAUCCAAAACCGAGUUCUGAAGCAGUCUGAGCUACUUAAAAAGAAAGAAGCUGAAGUGAUAGAGCUUCGAGAACCUGGUCCAUUCCAGUCACUUUCGCAGUGGGCAUUACAGAUUGCUUCUUUGAGGCACAACACAAAAGAAAUUCUUACGCAUGCAGUGGUUCUCAGGCAGCAAUCACUUGAACUAGAAAAAACAGCAGAAGAACUACAAAGGAAAAUUAAUUAUUUCAAACAGACAACAAAAUGAGAUUUCCUCAUUUCCUCUGAAGCACUGUGGAUGAUACCCAACCCACACAUCAGAUAACAUAAUCACCCAAGGUCUCGCAUUUCACUCAGAUCUAGCAAAUCGUGACCUCCAUCCUGAUGCAGUUCCUUGUUCCUGAUGCUCUCCACCAGUCCACCUCUCAACAGAGCCCCACUGCCUCCCAACUCCCACAAAUUUAAAAGAAAUAUCUUCAUCCUAUGUUAAGCGCCUGACAGGAUUUUAGAAUCUGACAGGUAACAGCAGACUUAUGGGGGUGGGGUGGGGGGAGAGACUGAAGACCCAGCUACAUAGUGGUUGACUGAUUAGAAGUUAAAUAAAGGAACUGAGAGGUAAUAUAUAAAUGUCAAUAAAAAUUCUUUGUUGUUGCCAGGAAAACUUUACACUACAUUUUCUUGAAGACACUAAUAGCUCCAGCUACAAUUCUUUUUCCUUUAUCUUUUGAGUAUGUAGGUCACCCUUAUUGUCCCCUAUUGCAGAUUUGGGGCAGUAGCUCAGAAAUAGUGGCUUGCCUAAGGCUACCCACAGAGUUCAUGGCUGAGCAGAGAUUUGAACCAUUUCACUGCUCAGUGUUCUGGUUUCUUUCUCUUUCUCUCUCUUCAAUCAAUGUAAAAGAAAGGCCACAUUGCCAUGUCAUAUUCACACAGUCACAAGCAGCAUAAACACCCUCAUUUCAGUCACACACAUACCUAUAGCAAUUCAAAAGAACCCUUUCCCUCUUGCCAGAGUUGAAAUUAAAAGCCACCUAGCAUACCUCCCCUUCAGACACCUAAA